AUGUCCUGCCCAUCUUAACCCCCGUGUCUAUCUGUGCGAAUUAUACGCACCUGAAUCAUAUCAAUUGUAUAACAACGAUUUUAUCAACAGAGAUCCUUUUAAAACGAACAUUCUGAGAAAAAAUACCACAUUGACUUAUCAUCUUAAUGUUUAGGUAAUGUAAUGACACACACCACUCAAAGAUAUGCGUUACUGUAAAUAAACAGAUAACAGAGCUUCAUUGUCUUAAUAUAUAGUAUUUUAUAUUUCCCACUAUCAGGAAUUAUUUGAAAAGAAUUUUAAAUUAUUACUAUCUCGACGGGAUCUAAUCUCACAUUUGCCAGGCAGACAACUAUAUUAAAAGGUAGGCUGCCCAGUUUGCCUACGGCUCUAGCACUGUUUGCAUCCUACCAGGACCAAAAUGGACAAAGAAAUAUUUGAGGUCGUUCUUAAUAAAUCUGCUCAAGAUUCCAAAAUAAAACGAAUAAUCGAGAUGAAGUCUGAAUCUGCAUUGCCAACAGGAGAAAACUUUACUUCGACCAUUCUCAAGAUCACUCUGAAAGUAGUCCUCGGGAACGGGAGGAUCGCUACAAAGACCUUCAUUGCGAAGAAGGGAUACACUGGAGAAGCUGCGGAACAGCCGAGGAAAGAGAACUCAUUGUUUCGCACAGAGGUAUCGGUCUACACCAACGUCCUCAGAGAGAUGGGCUAUUUGAUGGAGGAAUUCGGAGAUACAGAAGGACCUCUAUGGUGCGAAUUCAUUCAUUACAGUCGGGCUGAUUCAAUUAUAAUCUUAGAAGAUUUGAAGGCCUCAGGAUUCAAUACUGUCAAACGUACCGAACCGCAGGACCUAGAUCACGCAAGAUUAACACUGAGAAGUCUUGGCCGAUACCACGCGAUGGCCAAAGUCCUAGAAGAGAGAGGACUCAUUUCUAAAGAUGGCUACAAACCUCAUCCAUUUUUAGGUGAUGGAAUCUACAUCCGUAAUUUUCUUUACGGAUCGUUGCAAACUCUAUUCAAAGGAAUGAGAAAAUCCUGGGGAGAGGAAUGGGCUGAAUACGCAGACAAACUAAGUCAAAUGUCUUGUGAGGAACUUUCGAAAAGGAUAACUGAAUCUGGGAACUUCGAUGACAACACUUUCAAAUGCCUCAACCACGGUGACUGUUGGAGCAAUAACAUGAUGUUCAAACACAACUGGGAAGGAAAACCCAUCGAAAUGAGGUUUGUAGACUUUCAAAUUCCUCAUUACAACUCACCAUGUGUAGACGUCACUUCUUACAUUUACUCAAGUGUCAAAGCAAGCGUACGACAUCAAAAUCUAAAAAGUUUGAUCGAACUCUACCACGAAUCUCUAACCAGUUCCUUGGAUAGGUUCGGUUACAAAGGUUCCAAACCGAGCUUGGAAGAUAUCAAUAACGCCAUGGAACGACUGUUAUUUUUCGGAACAUGCUUCUUCACGGCAUGCGUUCCAUGUGCACUCACAGAAAGGACAGACGCUUUGGACUUGGACAAAAUCUUUAAAACUAAUGGUGAAGAAGGUUACAAUUUAAGUGUAUAUUGCGAAGACGGGGUUGUAGAAACGAUAGGAGAGGAUCUUAAAGCACUUGUAAAACUUUUUGAAAAAAGAUGAAUUAAAAGAAAUUCCAUUAACGAUUUUUAUUGAGCUGCAAUAAAAUUAAAAAAACACUUAUAAGAAAUAUUGAUUUAAAACGAGGAAUCGUUAAGCUUCUGAAGGACUAUAUAGUGGGCCUAAACGUCAGCAUAUGUUUAUUAGUUUUUACAGUUUAAAUUUGACCGCCACUCCAUCCCAAAAUUACUAUGGUCAUAUAUUCCAUAAAUAAUUUUACGUUAAUUAAUUAACUAAGUUUUUAUAAAUAUACAUUUACCUGAAGUUUACACAUUUUUGUCGAAUAACAUUCAUCAAUAGUUACUCCAAAACCAAAACUUAAUUCUUUAUAACACCAGUAAAUGAUUAACUUGUGUAUUAUUAUUUUAUUUAUUUGUUUAAAUAAAUGUUAUUUCGUUUUAAGUUUUAUUUUCCUUUUGAAUAAAUAUUUUCUUUGAAAACACCUUUCUUCAAUUUAUAUUAAAAUAAGAUCUUUGGUUUGAAUAUUUUUAGGCAAACAUAAUCCUGUCAUUUUCUCUCCCCAAUUUAAUUUUUUUUUUUUAUUAUUUUCAAUAAUCAACCAUUGUGAUCGACCAAAAAAUUCAAAAACUUGACCCUCUCUCAAAAUUUGAGGUUUCACGUUUCAGGCCGCGUAGAAUUCGAAAAACGAAUAAAAAAAAUUUUGUCCGUACGCCGUCCACCGUCCGUGCAUUAUCUCCGAAACUACUGGACUGAUUUUUUUUUCAAAUUUUUAUAUAAAAUCAGAGGUCACCCGAGGAUGGUCCUCCUUCAUCGACAUUACUCUCCGCCUUUUACUUUCGAAAGGGCUGCCGAAAAACCUGCGUUGCUAUAGACUGUAGCUCUUAAACGAAUGUACAGAUUUCAAUAAAACUUCGCUAAAGUCAUUUUCUCUACGACCUUUAAAUUUAUCUAUAUAACAUACUUCAACGAAAAGAAGCUGUAAAAAAAGUUACGAGGGGUGGUAAAAUUAAAUUCCGAAUAACUCGAAAAGUUUAUACUUUUUUGUUGAUAUUGUAAUAGUUUUUUAAAAGUUUACGAAAUUUCCUUUUAAAAAAUCGUUAAAAUCGGACAAUUAGGAGCAAAGAUAUGGUCUCCGGUUUUUUUUAUAUGUUCUACUCCAAAUGUUAUAUCCUUGGUUUGGUUUUUAAAUUUUGAAUGUGUUACUGAACUAAUGAUAUUUUUUUUUUUUUUUAGCAUAUUACUAUUGAUUAAAAAAAAAAUUUAGUCCAAUAAUUGGAAUCACCUUUUGUUUAUUUUUCUUUAUAACUUGGAAGGUCACGUUACUUUAGAUGUAUAAUUGUUUGGGAAUAAUAAACCAUUGUGAAAUAAUUUGCAGCGUUUUUUUUUCGUUGUCCUAUAUUUGUUUCUGGGAGUGAUUCAGCUAAAUACUCAAAUAAUAACAAUAUGUUUUCUUUUUAAAUUAUAACACAGGAAAUUCUGCUGCCAAAUGUAAUAGUCCGUAAUACAGACCCCUAUUUAUAAAAUUAUUAAUAUCCGCCUAAAACUUCGAGAAUAGCUUUAUCUCAUCGUAACCUUCAAACAUUUUAUUUACGAAUAUUCUCGGUAUGGGGAAUUUUCAAUAUUGAGAUGAGUAAACUGCAUUUUAUUUCCAUUUGAAUUGUAAGAUAAUUUGAUCACAAAAUCGAGAUUAAAAUGUGGCCAACAAAUAUAUUGAGCCGCACUAGCGGAUCCAGAAUUUAAUUUUGGGGGGAGCUUCAGCCCGAAACCUUUUUUUUUUCAUAAAAAUAACGAUAUUUACUUUAGAAAAACAGAAAGAAACUAACUACCUGUAUGAAAUGGUGUUUAAGUGAUUCCUUAAGUGAUUUUAAAUGUAAUUACACGAACAAUAAUACUUUAAGAGGUAUUUCAAAAAAAAAAAUUUUCCCAUAAAACAUGGUUAUAUUUUGGGGGGGGGCUUCAGCCCGAAAGCCCCCCUUCCCCGUAGAUCCGCCCGUGUUGAGCCGUUAGAAAAGACCUCCACCCUCAACAUGUUAAAAUAACGAGGUUAUAUAGUUAACAUAAUUUCACAUAUUUUCUUUAUUUUUCUACUAGAAUAAUAACUAAAUAAAAUAUAAUGGAAUAAAUAACAUCCCAGAUUUUAAUCUUAAAUCCCCUACUGACUCCUGGUCUGAUUUUGUUCCUGGAAAAAUGUGGAAGACACCUUAAAAUGUUUUGGAGAAAAUAAACCAAACGUUUUUUCCGAACUAAACUUUAAUGUUUUUAUCACUACCUACCUCUUUGUUUCCAAGCAUUGUUUAAAGUAAAUAUUGGUUCGGCUUUUGUUGGAUCCAAUAAAUUAAAACGAUGUGAAUGUUAAUACAAUGUAAAAAAUGUUUGAAAUAAGAGUCAGUUUAUAUUGAAAAUGUCUAUGUUUUGAAUGUAAGUCAUUGUGAUUGUGUUAACUAACAGAUAUAUCCUUUAAGUUGUAUUAUUUAUAUCAUUGAGUUCUAUUUGGAAUAAAACUAAUGACAAUAUAUCCAAAUAUACCUCCUCGAAAUUUAAACUUUUUUAUAGAUAAUUGUAAUGGAUCCUCGAAAUGAAAUUAUUAUCUUUAUUAUAUCAAUUAAUCAGUUGUAAUACUGCACACAAUUGUUACUUGAUGGUUGGCCUAGGGUUCCAUAGUUUUAUUACAAGUACAUCAAAAAAGUUUUUUCUCAUCAAAUUUGUAUGAAUAAAUGCAAUCUCAACAAAAGUUAACAAUGUUUUAUAUGUGAAUUUUUCUUUAUUAAUAAUGUUAAUAAAUGAAACAUUGUUAACUUUUUCUAAUUUUAAUGAUUGUGUUGAUAUAAAUUGCAGAUUACCAAUAGAUUGUUUAAUCAAAUCACAUGUUGAGUUAAUUUUAACAUUUUCUUCUUACUAUUUUGUUUAAACCAAGUUCAAAAUGAAAAUAAAGAAUCUUGCAUUUCUAUUAUUUAUUGUUCCUUUGUAUAAAUAUAAAUCAAAUCAACCUUUCGAGUUAUCUUCAUGAUCCUGAUAUAAUUUUUGGCCAAAGGUUGAGUGAUAAUGAAAGAAGGCUGUAAUUCAAAUAUGAUAAUGAUCAAAUUUUCUUGCAUCAAUCUCAGAACAUAAAAAAACUAAACUAAUAAAACUACUCCAUCAUUUUUUUUUAUUAAUUCAAUUUUACUAAGUAAUUAAUAGUAGUUGAGUGCUAACAUUUAAAUGUGUUUUAAUUUCUAUUGAAUUUUCAAUCUUAUUUGCCGUUGAUUAUUAGAUUAUAACAAUAAAAAUACUUAAUGUCCUAAACUUUUCUGAUGUAUAUUUAUAAAGAUGCCAGCAAUGCGGACAUGGGUGUAUGCAGGGGGACUGUUGCCCCCUAAAUAAUUUGAAAGAAAAUAAAACAUAAUAUAAUACAAAAGGCUUGCUAAAAAUUUAAAAAUAAAAUUAAUUUUUAAAGAUUGUUAUUCUAUUUAUAUAUUUUACUUUAUAUAAAAAUAUGUUAUUUAUUUAUUUUCACUCUACCUUACCUACGGAUUUGGUGAGGGUAGCGUAAUAAAUAAUUUAUCAAGCUACCUCAGCCAGUUAGGCGAUAGUGCUUCAACUGAAGUCAACAUCUUCAUUCUGGGCUGCCUUCUGCCGUCUCCUCUCUUCGCCUAGGGGCACAAAAGUUUAAGUGUUAUGGUCCCACAGUCAUAUUCAAUCCGUAUACAAAUUCUUUGAAAUACGGGCAUUUUUCUUUUUUCAUGAGGGAGCGGAAAUCAUCAGUCAUGAUGUACAAUCCUGUUUUCCUUCCUAAAUUGCCCCUAAGUCCUUUGAACACAGUACAGGUUGUUACUACGUGUUCGGCAGUUACUGGAACGCGACACCUGAGACAUAGAGGGUCAACGUUCUUGCCAAAACUGUGAAGUUUGGCCCGAAAGUCUUCAUGUCCCGUGAGGAAUUGCAAAACCCAGUAGUCCGGGAGCACCCAUUUUGCAGUUAAUCUUAAGUGCACUGUCGGAAAGAACUUCCUUAGCUUCGCUCCUUUCAGGGUUGUCAAUUCCAUUCUUUGAUGGUGUGCUCGGGGAUUAUUUGUUUCCAUCUAUUGGGCUCACCUGCUAUCCUCACUCACAGGAUCUCCGGAACCACAGCCGUGCCUUUUCUUUUAUAGCCGAAUACUGUAGCAUCUUCGAGCAGGAUAAAAUCGAGAGGAAUCCUGCCAGGACCUGCACUGCGUCGUGUGAAACAGUCCUGUAGGCCUUAGUUACCCAUAGAAGAGCUGUUCUCUGUAUCGUCGCCAAUCUGUUCUGUUUUCUUGAGGAGUUAUGAUACCAGGUGGGGGACGCAUACCUCAUAGUACCCUGCACAACUCCUUUAUAUAUUGUCAUUGUCACUGGGUACCUAAUGCCACAGAGAGCGCUCCCAAUUCAACUCAGCCCAUUUAGUGAGAGGUUGACCCUGGCAGCCAAGUAGUCCAAGUGAGGCAUUAUAUAUAUAUAAAAAUAUAUAUAAAUUGUAAUAAUAAUAAAUUAUUUACUGUAUUAAAUGUAUUGAAAUCAUUUAUCUACCUGAGAUUAUUUUCCGUCUUCCCUCUCUCCCUCCUAUUAUUAAAGGUGCGUACCCCUUGGAUCUGGUACACUACAAAGAAAAAAAAGAAAAUAUAUAAGAAAAAUUCUCCACAUGAUAACUACAGCAACAGCAAUCUGGAAUAAGAGUACAUGGAGGAGAAAAAAUAAAUUAAGGUGAGGAGGUUAAGAUAGUUCGAGCAUGUAGCUCCGAGCAAUCCAUCUGGAAGCCUCUACGCAAAAAUAAAUGUCUCAAUAGUAUUCUAAUGAUCACACAGAAGGAUUUAGGUAAUUGAAAAGUAAUAACCCAAGAUUGGCAAAGGUGGAGAAUGCUAGUUAAGGCGGUAAAAAUUAUACAAGGUUUGUAAAGCCAACAGAAAAAUUAAAAAAUCACUAUUUCUAGUCAUUUUUAUUCAGUUCUUAUAGUUAAUGGAGGGCCUUGGUGUCGACAUAAAGGAUGUAGCAAAAUUGGCAGUGAGUAUAAUCCUCGACUCCCUGGGAAUCAUCGACCACCAUGUGCAUGGGAGGGGAUAGGGAGAGAGUAUGUUCAUGGGGGGGAGGCAUGCGUGUGUUAGAGCAUUUUUAUAUUAUUAUUAAUUGAACACGUCCACUGUUCUUUAUGUAUUCUGUAUGAAUUAGGUUAGCAAGAGAGAGGAGAGAAUAUGAGGAGUGGGAAGAUGUAUAAGGGGAGAGGGAAGAGAAAGGGUACAGAAUGAUAAUAAAUGAAUGAAAGAAAUAGU